AAAAGAGAGCUCCACCUCUCUUCCAGGAUCCUCCUGUCACCCUACAUAAAACCAUAGGAGAGACAGGUUUUGAAGCAUCUUCCCUUUUAUAGGGAAAGGGGCUAAGGAGCCAAGGAUAUUUCAUUAAAAUGUCAAAAGAUUUAUCAGCAACCCCUGAAAUCCCUAAAGAAGAUGGCAGACCCAAGUGGGACAAUAAGUUCCAGUAUAUUUUAAGCUGUAUUGGAUUUGCUGUUGGUCUGGGAAACGUGUGGCGAUUUCCAUACUUGUGUCAGAUUCACGGAGGCGGGGCCUUCCUGAUCCCAUACUUCAUAGCUCUUCUCUUCGAAGGCAUCCCACUGUUGCAUCUUGAAUUGGCCCUAGGACAGUGCCUGAGAAAAGGCAGCAUCGGUGCCUGGAACACUAUCUCGCCUUACCUGGGAGGCGUUGGUGUUGGUUCGUGGGUGGUGUCCAUUCUGGUGAGCUUAUACUACAAUACUGUUUUAACCUGGGUGAUGUGGUAUUUCAUAAACUCCUUCCAAGAACCUCUUCCUUGGAGCGUUUGUCCUCUAAAUGAAAACAGAACAGGGUUCAAUAAAGAAUGUUAUGAAAGCACUGCAGUAAAUUAUUUUUGGUAUAGGAAGACUUUGAACAUAACACCUGAUAUCGCUGAGAGUGGCACAUUACAGUGGUGGCUCAUUUUGUGCUUAGCAACUUGCUGGGCAAUUGUCUAUCUCUGCACCAUCCGAGGAAUUGAAACCACAGGAAAGGCAAUUUAUGUAACAGCAAUAUUUCCUUACCUAGUCCUGACUAUAUUCCUUAUUCAAGGACUCACUCUACCAGGAGCCACAGAUGGUCUGGCUUAUCUCUUCACCCCUAAUCUGAACACUUUGAAAAAUCCCCGUGUAUGGCUUGAUGCAGCUACCCAGAUUUUCUUCUCUCUCUCUUUGGCUUUUGGAGGGCUCAUUGCAUUCUCAAGCUACAAUCCGCAAAAGAAUGACUGUGAAAAGGAUGCUGUGACAGUAGCAAUUGUGAACAGCGUGACAUCCCUCUACGCUUCCAUCCCAGUCUUUUCUGUUUUGGGGUUUAAAGCAACAACAGCUUACUGGGACUGCUUGGACAGGAACAUUAUCAGUAUCAUUAAUGAAUUUGAUCUUCCGGAAGAGAGCAUCAUGCGGCAAAACUAUACAUCCUGGAUUACUUUCCUGAAUUCAUCACAUCCAGAAAAAAUUGCUGGACUCAAACUGAAGAGCUGUGACCUCCAAGAAUUUCUUGAUCAGAGUGUAUCAGGAACUGGCUUGGCUUUCAUCGUUUUCACCCAAGCUAUCAUUCUCAUGCCAGGCUCCCAGGCCUGGGCCAUCCUGUUUUUCAUAAUGUUGUUCAGCUUGGGUCUUUCUUCAAUGUUUGGAAACAUCGAGGGUGUCUUCACUCCUCUUCUAGAGCUUCAAAUUGUAUCUAAAUCAACACCUAAAGAGUUAUUAUCUGGUAUAAUAUGUCUAAUUAGCUUCCUCAUUGCUCUGUGUUUUACGCUGAGUUCAGGGAGUUACUGGAUUGACAUUUUUGACAGAUAUGCAGGCUCAGUGCCUCUUCUAGUCCUUGCUUUCUUUGAAGUUAUUGGAGUUGUGUAUGUCUACAAAAUUAAAAGGUUCAGUAAAGAUGUGAAAUGGAUGACUGGUCGAAAACUCAACAUCUACUGGCAAAUCACCUGGAGGUUUAUUAGCCCUCUGCUCCUGCUAACUGUCUUCAUGGCCUUUGUUACUCUUCAGAUGCUGAAGCCGCCAAGCUAUGCAGCCUGGAACCCUAAAUACGAAGGCUUCCCCAUGAAAGAGGAGAAAGUUUAUCCACCUUGGGUACAGGCAAUCUGUGUGCUGUUAGCUGCCCUUCCCUGCGUGUGUGUACCUCUGGUAGCACUCUACCAUCUCACCAAACAAAAGUGUAGAAGCAAGGACACAAGCCUUGUAUCACCAGAAGUAUUUUCGUGUCAGGGGGCCAAUAGCAACUUUUCUAAUCCAAAAGAGUAAAUACUCAUUGUACCUCUCUGUAAG